ACCCCAAGGGGACACCCAGGCUUGGAUCGGGACGCCAGCAAAAGCAGCCGGGUUCUUGCUCCCCCUUCAAGUGCUCCGCAGUUACUUCCAGAGCGAACCGGGGAGAGCGGGAGCCGCCCGAAAAGGCCGCGGGCGAGCCCGAGCCGCAGCGAAGCCGCCCGCGGCGGGGGCGGGGGCGGGCGCGGGCGCGCAGGCGGGGCCUCCCGCUGGGGGCGGAGCGGUGCGCGGCCGCGGAGGCGGGGGCCGGGCCCGCGGCUGCAGCUGCGGUCGGGACCGCUGGUCGCCCGGGCGGGGAGAGGCGGGCUGGGCCACGGCGGGCGCUCCCCGGGCUCGGGGAGAGGAGCCUCGUCCCCGCCGCCUCGCUGGACCUUCCUGCGGGCACCCAGAGCGCACUUGCCAGUGGGAUGGGGCUCGGAGGGCAGCGCAGCGCCGCUCCCUCGCUUGCGGGCAGCCGGAGCCCCCACUCGGCGCAGGGCAGUUGAAUCCCGCCCGCGGCGGAGCAGAGAACCGCGACGACAUUUAUUGCUUCAGUCCCAGAAACGUCGCUUCCACCUGCGAGCGCGUUAGAGCAGCCGGCUGUGGAUUUUCUAUUUGCUUUCCCGCAAAGCAAGGUCAGUCGGGGUGGCUUUGGCUUUUUGGGAAGGAGUUCCGGCCCCGCUGUGUGCGAUGGAUUGAGGCGUGCCCGGCUGCGCCCCGAGCCCGGCCCCGGCACGCAGCCCUCAUAGAUGCGAUGGAAAAUCGGGGGCUCUUCUGCACCCUCUGUUACCUGAUGUUCAACGCACCUCUGCUGUUCAUUGUCACCGCUACCUUUACUGAAGUUCCCAAAGAUGUGACUGUUAGGGAGGGAGAUGAUAUUGAGAUGCCUUGUGCUUUCCGAGCCAGCGGAUCCACCUCAUACUCCUUGGAAAUCCAGUGGUGGUACCUUAAAGAACCAGCCAGAGAACUUGCACACGAAUUAGCCAUCAGUGUCCCCGGCAGCAGGAGCAAGGUAACAAAUAAGGAUGCAACUAAAAUCAGCACGGUCCGCGUCCAGGGCAACGACAUCUCGCACCGGCUGCGGCUGUCGGGCGUGCGGCGGCAGGACGAGGGCGUCUACCAGUGCCGGGUGGCGGACUACAGCGACGACGAGACGCAGGAGCACAAGGCCCAGGCGCUGCUGCGCGUCCUCUCCCGCUUCGCGCCGCCCGACGUGCAGGCGGCCGAGGCGGUCUCGCACAUCCAGAGCGGCGCGGCCCCACGCCGCCACGGCCCCGCCGCCCGGCCCACGCCGCCUCCGGGCCCCGCCAAGCGCCCGCCGCCGCCGCCGCCCCCGGCCGAGGGGGGAGCGGCCGCCCCCGCCGCCAGCGCCGCCACCGCCUCGGCCGCCGCCGCCUCCUCGGCCUCGCCGCCGCCCGGGCAGGCCGCCAUCCUCCGCCAGCAGCACCGGUCAGGUACAGGACCUAUUUAUGCUACAGACCCACUCCUAUAUAUGUACCUGUUCAUACUGCACAAGCUUGUACAUUUAUUAGUAAACCACUGAUGGACUACUUCCUCCAUUCCUCCUCAGCCAAACAAAAAGGAACCUAUUUAAAAACAGAACAACAAAUCCCUGACAAAAAAAAAAAAAAAAAAAAAAAAGUACGUACAGUUUUAAAGAUGGACAGAAAGAGACUGAAAGAAGCAUGAUAUAUAUUCUACGUGAGGGGAAAAACAUAUUUUUGGGGAUGACACAGAAAGUAAACCACAUAGAAUAAUGCAUCUAGUUUCCAGACUCUAUGGUGUAAAGCCCUGCUCUGUGCAUGGCACUUAUGAUUUCUCUAUUUUAAUGUAAUAUUUUUUCUUUCCUAAACCUUUCCUCUGACUCUUCAUUUUGCACGAACUGUUGAGCAGUUAUCUUUAUGACAAUAUGUAAAGAUGUUGGGUCAAAGCCCUUCCUAAGAAAGGAAAUAUUUUUAGUAGAUUAUUGUGUUUAGAUUUUUUGGAUUUCCUUUUUCUUUUUUAAUUAAAUUAUUUCUUUUGGAAACAUUUUAAUUAAAAAGGUACAUCUUACCAUAAUUAAUAUUCACUGUCAAUAAUAUUUAUUUUUAAAUGAAGAUUGGAAACAAGGUAAGACAUUUGUUUAUAAACUGUAUUGUAUAUUGCUGAAUAACAGUUGAAUAAAAAGAUUUUGAAAUAAAGUUUUUAGAGAUGUGUGUGCGCCUUUCCCUGUGUCCUGAAGCUCCCUGAGAAGGCUUCAUGGCUGUGCCUGUUUCCUACCUUGUCACAGCACAGAGAUUUGAGGAAAGGUGUACCACAAACAAAAUAAAAUUGAAAUUGGUUAUUAUACACCCUCAUAUAUUUGCAAACCCCAGGGCAGAAUGUGCCGACAGCUAGUCACAAGCUCUAGCUGCAUUUUCCCGUGGUGACACCAGCUAUCUCUGGGCAGUUAAUGCAAGACCCAGCCAGAUGGACAGUGUGACUGUGGAGCAUUCAAGGUAAGUUGCUUUGGUUUUCUUCAGGCCUCUGAAAAAAGACGAAUCAACUAGUGGAAGAUAAUCAACUUAGAAUGUUGUGUUCCCCAGACCUGGUUCCAAUAUUUGGUUAAAAUAUAUUCAGAUUUUUAAAAUUACAUAAUUGUGUCAUUUGUCUUACCAAGUGAGCGUUCCUCUAAUGAAGCAGAAGGCUUUUUUCCAGUAAAUACAGCAGUUAGUUUUCAGUUUCAAAAUAUUUGGUUUUUAAGUGAGAUAAGAGGAUGACUUGGUAAAGAAACAUAACCUUCUUUAGCUGAAUUGAGUGAAGUACUUUGAAAUUUCCUAUGUCUGACUCUGAUUUGUUAUCCUUUCAUUUGCGUAGCAUUUUAGAAAGGACCUUAAUUGUGGAAACGAUAAAGCAACAGCUACAGCACCAGCAGGACUCUGUCGGCAGAAGCUGUGGAGCAAAAGCAGGACAUGACAUCGCCUCGCCUCACCUCGUACCCGAGUCCUCUUCUAGGAGGGUAGGAAGGGAUUUUCAAUUUCUCUGAUGGUCAGAAUUUGCUUUUUUCUAGGACUGCCAGUUGUUGUGAGGGAUUUGUGCCACUCACAUCUCACUAAGUGUGAGACCAAACUGACUCUGUGUUUCAUACAUGCUACUACAUUGUGGCGGUAAAAGCCCUCUUGUGCUGGGGCACUCACCACAGGGAUCCAAAGGUGAUAAAAUCUUUGUAAAAAAAUCUUCGUUCAUCCACUUCAUGCCAGCUGCAGUAUCCUGUGGAUUGGGGAAUAAUCCAUAAUCAUCCCCCAAAAAGCAGCACUGUUCUUUGGAAGGACUUGGGGGAGGUGUUUAUUGGAAGCCUGGAAGUGCAUCAGGGCGUGAGACUCUGAGGAUCACGGUCCUCGGCUUCCAUGUAACUUGAAAGGAAGAGACAGGUGGCCAAAAAAAUUUUAAUGUUGGACCAUGCCGAAUUUAAUACCAGCAUUCAUGUCUGGGAACUUGUUCAAGGACAGUUGUUCAAUGCAGAGGUAUGUGUAGAGUCUGUAAUGUCACGAGAACGCGAGUCCCUCAGAUAGUGGCUGGUCAUGAAAGUGAAACCUGCCUGGGUGUGAACUGUGGGUCCUCUGGCGAGCUCAUCAUCACUGCUGCUUUUUCUCAAGGGCAGUGAAUGUUUCUCAGUGACUUGUCUUUCUUCUAAGGGAGAGAACCAAACCAAAGUUUUCCACAAGGGGAAGAAAAGCUGCUUAACUUUAGCUAAAUAAAUAGCAGGCGCUUGAAGCAGUGGAGCAUGUCUAUCUAGGAAUAGUUAUGCUUCUAUUUCAGCUUCAGUCAUACCUCAGCAUGGUCUCUUAAUAAAACAGAUCAUCUGCUUUGCUCUGAAACUUUUGUUUCAUCGCUUACGGAGCAUGUUAUGUCUUGAAUUGCAUACUCUGUGGUUUGCAGAAAACAUGGGAGAAAUUACAUCAUCUUGCAUUUGUCCUUCCCUUUGUACUGUAGUCUUUUACCUGCACAGGGAUGUGGCAGCAACUGGCAGUUUUGCGUGCAGUGGCAGGAGUAGAAUUAUCAAGGUCUUUCAUACUUCAAUCACAUUAAAGGUGAAAAAAUAUUAAAUCCGCAACUAAAAAUAACUUUUUUUUAUCCUUUCUGAGAUCAGAAUUAAGUGUGCCACAGUAGGAAUAGCAAUUAUUAUAUUCCAGUUCACUAUAAAACCUCAGAACUACUAAACAAUAACCUGAGGAUUUGAUGAAAAAUCUCUUCUAACAAGAGCAAGAGGGAUCUUUUCUUUCCAGUGAAGACCUGCACACAUGCAGAGAUAACUCAUUCCCAACACACAGGAUAACCUCAACCAGGAAGCAGAUUGCCAAGAUAACCUGGAUCUACCUUUACUUUUGCUAUGUUUCUGCCUUCAUAAAUGUGCAGAAUGAGUCCAGCAGGUUUGGGGGCCUUAGUUUUCCAUAUUUGCGCCAGCUUUUUUGUGAAAUACACAUCCUACGUUUGGCCCCAGUUUUGCAUAGUGCAGGGGAAAUAACUGGCUAAAGAGGAGGCUGCAGCUUUCAGUACAGUAUUUAGUCUUUAAAAAGCACUUAAAGGAAUGAGAACCAUUUUGAUGGAAAAAUGUAAAGCAUUUGGAGCCUUGUUGCUUGUGAGUGUGUUAAGGACUUUUGCUAAAACAUCGCUCCUUUGAGAGUGCUCUUUCUUCUGAAAAGGGCAACUGCCUCACUUCUGCUGAUUGUAUUUACAAAGGGCAAAGUGAGGUUUUGCUGUACCCUUAAUGGACAGAGGCUAGUGGCAAAUCUUGCUCUUUCAUAAAUCUCGGCAUUCCUCGUGGUGUCUGCUGUCAGAAUCGAUUAGGAGUAAGUGCUUGGGCUGCCGGGCCGUGGGAAGGCGGCCGUGCCUCCUGCGGUGCCACACAGAGCUGGGCGGAAAGUCCCAGCGCGGGCGGCCGGGUGGGUGCUGGGGGGGGACAGCACGGGCACCCGCUCCUCCUCACAAAGGAGCAGUCGAGCUGGGAAGCAUGAGUGAUGGCUGUUAGGGGCCAGAGCUGAAUCAUCUAUAAUAUAAUCAUAAGGAAACACACAUUUUUUCCUGAGAAAAAAUCAAUAGAACUUUGCACUUUUCCUUGUAAUAUUUCCAGUCUGUGCCAUCAGCCAUAGUUUGCUCACAGUUAUACUGCUAUAAAUUCACUGUGAGUUAAUGGAUUUCUACAAAAAUGAAUGGAUUUACAACAGUGUAACAAAGCUGAUGCUAAAGCCAUGUGCAUGUAAAAAUACAUGGAACAAAAGUAGCUUUAUAGCACACAGGUGACCUUCAAGGUGGCAAGACCCAGCAAGUAAAAAGCAAAAUUACCUAGUUCCUGGUCUCCUUUUCUGGCAAAACUCCCAAUGAAAAUAAAGCGUGCAGUCCUGAAAACAUCGCGGUGCAUGGCAAGAGGGCCAGAGACCCACCGAAGGGAAGACGGGGAAGCGAGCAGCUUUGUGCUGUGAUGGAGAAUGCAAAAGACUGUCUGAACGUGUCAUUUUUCAUUUCCUGCAUAAAACAUGUGGAGCCUAGUCUCACUUAGAAUUUGUAAGUAAGUAAAUAAUGUGCUCCCAAACUUCUGUGUCAAAACUAGGUUGGUUAAUGUAUGUGCUGCCUCUGUUGCAUUUGUUACUGCACAGUAAAUUUCAUGCUUAGCCAGAGGCUGGCAAAGUUCAUUUAUUCAUUAUCCUCAAACUUUGGGCAGUUAUUAUUCAAACUCCCCUAGUACAUCUAUUUAAUAAGAAGAGAACAGAAAAUUGAUGGGAUCAAAAAUGUUAAAGUCUUAAUUAAUGCUUUUAGCAAAGACUGGUUGGAGUAGGGGGGGUUGUUGAGAGGCUUAAUUUGGAGCAAGGGAGUGUGCUGCCUGGUUUUGCUGGGAGCAGGGAGGGCUCACCCAGCCCUGCCGAGGGGGCUCAGCCCCCACAGCCCGGUGAGCUGGUGGGGACACCCCGGGGGCUCCCUGCCACCUCGUGAAGGACAAGCGCUACCAAGGUAAUACCAACCUACCCAAAGUAUUGCUGAUUAAUAGAGUGUUUAGAUGGUAAAACAGUCGCUUAUAGAAAAGAUGGGGGAUUUUUUUCCUCCUUCACCGUUUUUGGGGGUUUUGUGUCCCCUGGCAGCCUUGUAGCACCGUGGCUCACUGCGCUGCGCUGCAGGGGGCUGCCGGGAACAGGGGGGCUUCGCACUCCGGCGAGAUGCCCUGAAACAGAGCCCAGGGCUGUGUGGGACAGGUUUGGGUUUUGCUCACACAGGAGCAGUUACAGUUAUUCCACAGGAAAAUUAACAGACCCUGAAACAAAGGGAACGAGAUAAAGGCUGGAAGAAUCCCCGAGAGGCAGGAGGACGGCUGCGAGGGAUUCCUGCCCCAGCCCGUCCUGCCCCAGAGCAGCAGCAGCAGCAAAGCCCUGUGGUUUGACAGGGGGUGGGGAAGGGAAGGCUUUUUUCUUGUUGUUUUAGAUCAUGUUUCUAAAGCCCAGCAAUCACUGCUGAGUAAAGAUGAAUAUUAUUAUAAAUGGAGCCAGCAGGUGAAAAUAUAUGGUUCAGAUCUGCAUCAGUGACAAUCCAAAACAUAGCAGUGAACAAGAUGGCUUCUUUUAAGGAUCCAUGCUAAUGUCACUGCAUGGAAUGAAAUCUCCUGUUUUUCCUCUGGUGACUGCCAGCCCUUUAAUUCUAGCUGUUAUAGACAUUCCAAGCAACUCAUAGCUAUAUUAAGAGUUAAACUGAAGAGGACUGCACUGUCGAGUCCCUAGUUGUUGCUUAUGGAUUUGGUUUCCUGUUAUUGUUAAAAUGUUUCUUAAAUCUCAUAUGGAAAAUCAUCUGUAGUUUAAUACAAAUUAAAUGACCAGGAUCUUGAUAAAUAACUCAAAAAUGCUUACAGUGAGGAUUAUACUUUUCUAGUAGGACAUUUGGGGGAUUUGCUCUGGGGAAGAUGGGGAAGGGAGUGUUAAGCUAUUUUUUUUUCCAUUUCAUGACCACAUUGGUCUGAAACCUAAUUCAUCUUUGUGUUAAUACCCUUGAAAUAGGAAGCAACAGGUUAGACUUUGGGAGCAUUAUGCAGGAUGAGAAGGCAGAUGACCAUAUGAAAUGGGCUCUUAGUUUUUGAUUUUUUUCUUGUAAUUCUCCUUGAAAAUCUGAAGUCCUUGAUUUUUUUUUACCAAAGUAGAAUGGGAAUUCUUCAUUACUAAAUAUUUUUCAGGCUUGUAAGUUGCUCUGACAAUCCAGUGAAUAUCAUGACUCAGUUUGGCUUUCAGGGUGAUCUACAUAGUAUCUAAGCAGGAAUGGAUAUUUAGGCUGUCAAAGUCAGCUUUUUGGCAAAAAUUAGUAGGAUACUUAUGAUUUCCAAGUGCUGUGUUUUUUAUAAUACUUUUUAAUUUCAAAUUUUUUAAAGAGUACUUCUCUAUUCAUAAUCUAUGGCAAACAUGAGAUUUAGCUCUAAAUUCCCAUGGCAGAGCCUCUUUUUAAUCUAUAUGCUGUAAUUUACUUACUGUUCUGGACACUUGUAUUUCAGUGUUGUCAGAGUUGAUCCAAGUGACUGAUACCUGUCAGUGCAUCAUUAAUCAACUGUCUUUGCAGUUUUAAAAAUAUGUCAUCAGCCCCAGAGGGAGAGCUUCUGCAUGGUAGGAUGGGUGUGAGGAAGGUCGGUGUCAGGACUUUGACACCCCCCUCUUGGUUUGCCUCAUCCUUCCCUCCCAAGAAGAGCACCAUGGUGCAUUGCUGUGACCUGGAUAGGAGCAGCUUGGCCAGACUGAUCACUAAAUUACUGCUCAGGACACAUGCCCUCCUGUGGCAUCAGGCAGCCCUGGGCUGGGGGACAGUCUGUGCUCCCAGACACGCACUCGGAGAAUCAGACUUCUGGGGCCUCGGGAACGUCACCAGUGUGGUGGAGAGGACUCUGUUUUUUCUUUCCCUGCUUUCUGGGAUCCCCUUCAAAAGCAGAACAGCAGGGGCUGGGCUUCCAGGCUCCCAGAGUCCUGGACAGUGCAGCUCAGGAUGCCUCCUGCCCAGCAUCCCAGCACACGGCCCAUCCUCCUGUGCUCUGCUCCAGCAGGACAGCCGCUGCUCCGCCAGCUUUGAGCCAGCAAGGACAGCGGGACCACAAGGAAAAGCCACCCCUCGGUUCCUGAAGGGAUCCCCAAGUGCCUCAGGAUUUAAAAGCCUGCUUCCCCUAGUUAAACUAAUCCUGUGUCUCUGACAAGAAUUAGGAUGCUGUUGAAAUACCCCACAUUGUUGCACUGAACAUACAUUGCUCUGAGCUCAGGAAAGCGGGAAGGACCUAGUCAGCGUGCCUUGCCACGACACAGCCAGGCAGCACCUGAGCUUGGGAACAUGGAUAAAGUCUUUGGACAAAGGCAUGGUGUGCACCUCUAAAUCUGAGUCAGGCCAAGGGGUAACUGUACUGAGUAAUGGUCUAGACCAAACAAACUCUGUCAGUGAUACCUGUUAUCCCAAGGGGAAUGCAGCACUUGAGAAAGUGCACUUGAGAAGCUAAAAGCAACAAAAUCAAACGAGAUGAUGAAAAUGUAGUUUGAUUAAGGAAACAUCAGUUACUUCAUGAUCUUUACCAAAUACACUCACAUUUAGUAAUUCAUUUAUGCAAAUUUAUCGCAAGACAGUAAAAAUAUAAUUGUUCAGUGCUACAAAUACUUAUAAUAGUGUAAUCCAUUUAUAGAGUGUGUGGAUAUAAUUUCAAUUUUUACAGUAUAGUGGUAUGAAAGCCACAAAUCAGUUGAAUGCACAGCAAGCUGCUAAUUGCAAUCCUGGUUAAAAUGAACCUUGGUUUAUGGGUAAGUCACUGGUUGAGCUAAUGACUUUGUAUCCAAGCUAGCUGAGUCCCACUGAAAUCAGCAGCCAGACUCCUUAUAUAGUGAAAUCUUUCAAUAAUUAAUAACACUGGGACUUUGUUCUCCAGAGAAGUAAGCAGCGUUUGAUGACACAGGAAGACCAAAUCUGGGUACGUACCAGUGCGUUGAUCCUGUUGUGGGCUCAUUGAUGUGGCCACCUUAGAGUUUUUCGGCAGGUAGGGAGAAACGGAAGGCAGCUUGUCUCACUGCUGCUAGAACUGGAGGAGCUCAGACCCAAGCAAACAGUAGUUAGCAACACACCAGGCACCUGUCAAAAUCUGAACUGUAACAUGAUUUCAUAUCAAGACUGAGUAAAUGGAAGUAAAUCCAGCUUGCCAGUGUCAAAUGUGAGAAGUUAAACUUUUUUGCAGUAUUUUUCAAGAACAUAAAAUCUCUUUAUUAACCAACCCAAGAGUUCAUUAUUUUAAGACCAGAGAGGUCUUACUCUACUUACCCUAGACAAAAGCAUUUCACUAAAGCAAACAAUCUCAAAAGCAAAUUCAUGGAGCUUUGCUGGCUUCAGAAAGCGUUUGCCAACCUGGUCAUAAACGUGCAUGGAAAAAUCAACCAAGUUUCAGCUCAUUUCCUGGGGUAGUUAAGCCCUUGCCCUUGCAGGUUUUUGGAGCAGAGCAGCACCAGAGAAAGCACUGCUCAUGUUGAGGGCCAUGAAAAUGCCAUGUGUUCACACAGCACAUUUCCCUUCAUUCAGUGCUCAUCUGUUGCUGCUGGCAUUUACAAGGCUUGGGAAAAACAUCCAUCCAUUUGUUGUUUAGAGCUGGGAGUGCGAUUGCAAAACGGUGCGGGAAGAGGGGAGGCGGCAUGGGAAGCCACAGGGGCCAUUUACCUGGGGACACUGCAAAACUCACCUGCUGUGGGGGUCUCGGGAGCAGGAGGCAGAUGCGCUGCACAGCCUGCGCCAGGAACGUGCUCAGUUGGUUCUGCAGUCAUGCUGAAGCCAUUUAUUUUUAUUUGAGCAGCAUUUAACAUUCCCAAAACAGCCAGAUGGAGCUCAAGGCGACAGGUGAAUAAGCAGGAGCAGCAUGAUUUUCCAUGGCUCAAAGUUUCACUCUAAACAAGCUUUUCAGUGGAGAAAAAAAGGGGGUAGGGAGUGGAAGGUGUGCGUAUAUUUUUCUUCUUGAAAAUGCUGAACAGAUUAACAAAAUAAGGUGGUUUCCCAAAUAAACUCACUGAUAAUGAUUUCCGUCAUGCAUCCCUAGCUAAUUGGGGUGCGAUGAAGUGCAUAAUUCAAAUGCUAUCUAGCUUGAGGGCUUAAAAAGAAGCUUAACACUGCCUGGCAAAGCAGAGUGGAGAUAGCUGAUGUGACAUCUGCCUAUCAGUAGGCUGCAGGCUUUCAAACGAGCAGGCAACAAAGGUGCAAGAUCUGAUUGCAGCUUAAAUUUUGCCCACAGUCGUGCCUGCCUGGUUCAGCGUGGUUAUUCAGUGGCCAAUAAGGCAUUAAAUAGCCACAAUGUACAGCGUAUUUCAGGGGAAAAUAUUUUAGCAGCACAGGUGACUAUCAUGCAUGCAUUAAGAAAACCAAGACACAGCAUACCAAAUUUAGUUUAGUUACAGUAAAAUAAUUGUAAUAGAGCAGUGCUGACCCCAACUACUGAAUGGUGACACCUGGCUUUUGCUGCACAGGAGAGAUUAGGUUUUCCUGGCUUGUUUUCCUCCCUCGCUCUUUAUAUAUAUUUCAUGUAUGUAGCAUAUAUUUAGUAUUCAGAUGUUUGAGACAAACCCCUAACAUUUUAGAGAAGAGCCCUUCAAGCCUGGCAGCACAAACCAUGGUCUCACGAAAUUAGAAAUUGCAAGCAGAAAAUAGCCCCUGCUGUGCAACACCUCCACUUUGUUAUAUUGCAAUGUAUUUUCAUAUAUAUAUUUUUCACGUGCCUGAUUUGUGUGACCCUGACAGUAUGUAAAAAUGGCAGUCGACAGUUUCUUUGGGUUUGUUUUAUUAUAAUGUAAUUUGUGAGAUGCUGAAAGUCUGCAAGUUACUUGUACUUGACUGACAUUUCUCUGUGUCAAAAAAUUGCUAGGUAUACUUGACUGAGAUUAAAAUGGGUAGACUGUGUAUAGCUGUAUCCUGUUUUCAAAGUGCAGGAUUGGAAGACUUCCAUUAAAUUGUUAUUUUCAGUUACUAUUAGCUCCUAAAUCAGUUAAUAUAAUCUCUUUCCCAUAAUGAAUGCACAGCAUUGUAAACUUAAACACUGUAUUUUCUAUUGAUCUAUUUCCACAACCUGUUUAGUGAAAUAAUUAAAAUUAUUUACAAGGCUGACCCAAUACUGUAGUGCUUUAGUAAAUCAUGUUGCCAUGUGGGAGGCUCAGCUAGUUCUAAACUCACAGCUCUCAGCAGCACAAGGACCUCGGAGCAGAGCUGCAGCGAGCGCCGUGCUGCGUCUGAAGGUGCGCUCACAGCCCGCCCGUGGAAAUGCCGCCUCCGACGCUCGGGGACAACAAGGGCUCCGACUGGUUUGUUCGUUCAUCGCCUCUGCUUAAAACAGGAAAAUUUCUUGGUGCUACCAAGCCAGAUGAGAACUGGAGCUGCCAGCUGCAGAUAAAGAAUCUCCAUUGGCAACUCGAAUAUCCCUGUUUCUUACCCCCAGAACUGACUCCACGUGUCCACGUGGGCAGCACAAAAUGGGGGCAACUGUGGAGCCUGGUAUUUUUGGAUGCAAGACAAUGUGGGAAAUUAUUAUUUCUAUCUAUUUUGGUUGUUUUAACUUGCAAGACAACGACAACUAUAAACACAAUCUCUAAAUGCCAGAGUUACGGAAAGGCUCACUAGGAUUCAGUAAUGUUAAGACAAAGAUACACUGAGGCAUGCCCCAAAGUGUCUUAACCUCUGGAAGUCCCUCUGGCAGUCUCAGAGGGCCAUAAGUAAUUCCUCAGGCGACAGGGAGGGCUUCAUGAAGAUGAUCUCCCUGGCACAGAAGCCCCUCCUGUGAGGAUAUGGGCUCUCGUACAUCCUCCAUGUCUCCCACAGCUCUGACAGGCAAACACGCAGGGCUGUUAGAGGUAGGACUGACCAAACAUUCCCUGUUGUCUUUCUAGCUCCCCUCCCAGUGUUACAGUAACACUACCAGGGAGCUCUCAGGGCAGAAGGACACUACAGCAGUGCCUGGGAGGGGGACCCAGCAGCCAGUCUCUGUAGCAAGAUUGGUGAGAGCAAACUAAAGAACUAUUCAAACUAAAGAACUAUUAUGAAAAGCUCGUAACAACUCUCUUUCUCAUGAAAAAUGUGCGUUUUGACAGCUGCAGUCUGGAACAAAAGGGACCGAGGUGACUGCUGUGGGGUCGGGGCAAUGGCUGCAAAGCGAGGAAUGUGCAGCCGGGGCCAAGCCUCGUGGGGAUCACACCCCCCGCCGGGUCCUGCCCCGGCCAGCCUCGCAGGGAGGACAUCCCCUGGGGACACAUGUGCUGGCAGGAAGGUCACAGACCUCCCAUCCUGGUCCAUGACAGGAAGGACAGAGCCCAUAGCUCUGAAAUCAGUACGCGUUUGAGACACCAUUUAUAAUGUCUCCACACUUGCAAUCCCUAAGCAAUUUCAGCAGCUAGUACAUUUUACGUUAGUUCUAUUCUUUUGCAUAAUUAUACAAAGGAAAAAAAAAUGUCCUAUAAAAACUUAAAAUUUUGAAUACAGUUGUUGGAUGCACUUUGCAGCAGAUAUCACUAUCUUUCUUCCCUGACCCCAACCCUGCCACCAUUUCUAUUUUGCUUUAAAUGGACCUGUAAUUUCACAAUGGGAAUUCAGCUGGAACUAUUCUUUUUGUUAAAUAAACUUUACCCUUGUGCUGACUGCUCCA